CGCCCUCUCUUUAUAACAAAUAACCUAAUGUCGGUGACAUAUAACUGUUAAUGUUUUAAUAUUAUAACACGUUUCACUACAGUUCGUUUGUCGAUAGACUUGUUUUAUUAAAUUUAGUUUCAGUUUCUCCCAGAAAUUAUAACAAAUUGUAAAUAAUUAAAUAACGUGAAAAGUGAUGGUUUUACGAAAUCCCACAAGAUAGCGUAUGUGACGUGACGUCACGGCAACGAUCAGUCAGCGAAGUAGAGAAAUGUCGGAGUCGGCGUGUUGUAAGAACAAGUGAUAGUUUUUGUGAACAAAAUAUUUGUGGCUUCUUAUUCAAAAUUAUAAAUAAUUUCGUAUAUAUAGACAGUUAAUAAAUUAUAAUGAUGUCGUCUUCAACGAUCGUUAAAACUGAAUUUAUAGUUGGUGGAAAGUAUCGUUUAGUUCGCAAAAUCGGUAGUGGCUCCUUUGGUGACAUUUACUUGGGCAUCAAUAUUACAAAUGGAGAGGAAGUAGCUGUAAAAUUGGAAUCCGUACGAGCGAGGCACCCUCAACUGUUAUAUGAAAGUAAACUAUAUAAAAUACUACAUGGUGGUGUCGGUAUUCCACAUAUCAGAUACUAUGGUCAAGAAAAAGAGUACAAUGUCCUUGUUAUGGAUCUUUUGGGUCCCUCCCUCGAAGACUUAUUCAAUUUUUGUUCACGUCGUUUCACAAUCAAAACAGUCCUCAUGCUUGCAGAUCAAAUGAUAGGUCGUAUAGAAUAUGUUCACUGUAAAUCGUUUAUUCACCGUGAUAUAAAACCCGAUAAUUUUUUAAUGGGAAUUGGUAGACAUUGCAACAAAUUGUUCCUCAUCGACUUCGGUUUGGCGAAGAAAUAUAGAGAUGCACGGACUAGGUGUCACAUCGCAUAUCGCGAAGAUAAAAAUCUUACCGGAACGGCGAGAUACGCGUCCAUCAAUGCACAUCUUGGCAUCGAACAGUCGCGCAGAGACGAUAUGGAAAGUCUCGGUUAUGUAUUAAUGUAUUUCAAUAGAGGCUGUUUACCAUGGCAAGGUUUAAAAGCAGCCACAAAGAAACAGAAGUACGAAAAAAUCAGCGAAAAGAAAAUGUCCACACCCGUCGAAGUAUUGUGCAAGGGUUUCCCCGCCGAAUUUUCUAUGUAUCUAAAUUAUUGUCGCGGUCUUCGAUUCGAAGAGGCACCAGAUUACAUGUAUUUAAGACAAUUAUUUCGUAUACUGUUCCGUACUUUAAAUCAUCAGUAUGACUACACUUUUGACUGGACGAUGUUAAAACAGAAAGGUGCCAGCAUGACUGGCGCUGUCGGAACAUCUGCGCAACCUCAAACCUCACAAGCUAUCACUCAACAACAACCUGGUCAAGCAGUUGUUACAAAAAUGCUAUGAGAGGGCAACCCCUGACAAGCCAUCUGUUAGUUUUCAUCUGCGUUAGCAAAAUUAAUGUUAAAUAUAUUACGCUAGAAUAAUGAAUUGUACACAUCGUAUUAUUAUUAAACGUAUUUUUACUAUUUAUAUUAGACAUAACAAACAUAUAACUAAUAUUAAACUAACAGGGAUGAAAAGUAACAGACGGUGGUGUUGCAUGACAGAUUUUUAACAUUAGACGUCGCGCGUACCGUAAUAUUAACAAAUUUUUUAUUUUUAGGCAAUCGCUAACCAUUUCUACAAAUCCAAAUUGAAACGUAACAUCACCAAAUGGAUUAAAAAUAAAACCAACAGAGUUGCGUAACGGUCGGUUAGAUUGUCUUAUGACACGUUUUUUAAAUUCACAAAUAUUGUAUAACAAAUGAGUUAUUCUUAUUUCAUUCGUCCGUUCCAACGGAUUGUAAAAAAUACAAAAACUUAAAAAAUAUAUAGGGGUGUGCACUAAUUUUGUUCGCAAAGUGCUUAGGCUCCGUGUAUGUAUGUUUGUAUGAUUUAGUGUGCAAAUUGCAAGUUGUGUCUGCAAGUCUGGCUGUUCUAUAUUUAAUAAGAACUGUAGAAUAAGAAUUAUAUAAGAUUUUCAUUCGGAUCAAAUAAUCGAGUACUUUAACGUCAAUUUAGUUUGUUUAGUACAUAAUUGUUAUAAAAAUUUUAACGUUCUCGUCUCCUUCAAUUAAUACAGAACCAAAGGAGCAUUUGAGACGCUACGUUGUAAAAUGUUAUGUGAUUAUCAGACCUAGAAUAUUAAAAUUUUUAUUUUAUAAUGUAGCGUACAAUUCUAAACUAUUAGUGAGGUUACUGUAUUUGCUUAUUUCACUCGAACUGAACAUGUAAAGUGAUUGAUACUGCUCGACACGUGGUUUAUUAUUAGUUAUUUUAAAUUAUAAUUUCGCCUAGGAUUUUUUUUAUUUCAACCACUUUGUGUCGCAGUAGUGUGCAAUUAUUUACAGGUAUCACCUUCAUUCAAAGGUGCUCUGUCCAAUUCGAAAGUUCAGUCCAAUUUAAUUGUAUAGAACACCUUUUAUUCACAAUAUUAACGCAAAACCAUAAGUAGUAUAAUAAAUCAUCGUUGAGGAAUUAAUUUUACGUAUUCUCUCUCUGCGUUCAUCCGUUUAAUUAAAUCAUACAAUUUUUAUAGUACACAUGUAUUUGUAAAAUCGAUAUACAAAUGUAAAUUACUCUUCCCUUAGCUGCAAACUUAAAAUAAGGUACUGCCAUGGGUAUAUAUUUGAGAAAAUAAAACAACUCAUUAUGGACUUUUAAUGUCAAACUCGAUGUCUGAUUAAUAUAAACAUUGUCGGCCAACAUGUAAAGAUUUAGUUUGUGGGUAUAUUUCGUUUAUACGAUACGUUUAGUAACAUUAUUACAAUAGUUUGAGGCUUAAGCCUGUUGUAUCUAAGUUUGAUAACAGUGUUCGACAUUUGUAAUGGAACUGUUAUAACAGAAAUAAAAUUUAAAAUAUUUA